ACACACACACACACACACACUCUCAGACUGAGCACUGACUGACCGUCUUUCGCGCGCACCUGAGAAACACAGCGCGCGGGAUCACCCCCUCGAGAGCUCCACUCGCACACAUUCUCACACAGCGCACGCACAGGCGCGCUCUCACACCCUCGCGCGCAUUCACGCGCGGGUUGCAUCAUCACUCAGCAGGCAGCAAAAUGGUCGCGGACGGGGAGAUCAAGCCGUGCUCGUUCGCGCGAGGCUGGACUGCGUCGUCACCGUAGGCGCGUGGAAGUGUUUGUGUGCUCGUGCAGGAUUUUGUUUACGGCGCUGCAGACAGAACACCUCCCUGCACGUUCCAGAGAGAAGAAGCGAUGACCCUGGUGUUGUCCAUGAACCCCUUCUGUGAUCAUGAGGCUGAAGCCCCGCCCCCAAUCUACCAGCCAAUCUGGGAGUCGGAACACUGCAGCAAGAGCUGUGUCUCCACCCCCACGCCAACAGGGGGCGACGCCCAGGAGCUCAUGGACGAGCCGCCCUGUAGGCGUGUCCCGGAUCCUGUGACCAUGUCCCGGAUCGCUUAUUUUAAGAGGAAAUACGUGGAGGACGAUGAUCUCCCGCUUAGCUUCAGGAGUUACUGCCACACUGUGUCCCCAGUGUUGGAGGAGCACGCUCACGUCCUUCGUCUCUCUCUGGAGAAGAUGCGCUUCAUCGACGACCCUGAGGCGUUCCUGCGGCGCUCCGUCCUCAUAAACAACCUCCUGCGGCGCCUGCGGACGGAAAUCCUGCUCCAGAGGGACUGGCGUUUCCCACCGGGACCUGUCGGCAUGGCGACCGCAUCCCCGGUCCACCCUCAUCCGUCUGCCAGCGUCCCGGCAAACCCGAACCGCAAGAGGCUGCGCGUCCUGAGGGCUGAGGAGGCCGAGUGCGUUCCGGCGUGCUGCUGUUUGUACACAGCUGGACAGUACCUUCAGCUGCCACUGUGCGUUUACGAGGGCGCGAAUUCUAGCCUUCAGCCUUCGUCGUCGUCGUCCUCAUCGUCGUCGUCCUCAUCCUCCUCCUCCAGUGAGCUUUUGGAGGAUGAGCAGGACAGUGACGGAGACGAAGGCCUGGACUCCCUCUGUCCGGGUCUGGACCUUUGCGAAGCUUCGUUUAGGGCAAAGAAGGAGAGAGAGAGGGCCAGGACGCGGGUCAGGGUCAGAGAGGAAGAGGACGGAGCGAGAGGAAGUGAAGUGUACCUUCACUGCUCCCCGCUGGGGCCUAAUUUAAAAAAGACGAGAGUUAGAAAUAACGUGGCGUGAUGAAAAGGUGCGCACUGCAAAAAAAAAUGACCCCCUGGCAAGUGGCAUUAAUUUUUAUUGGCAGAUAAACAAACAAACCAAAAAUAAACAAAUAAACGCUUGAGGGGAUAAAAGUGGUCUGGGGUGAAUAUUUCAUUGCUGUUGUAUUUCCAAAAUGGUAACUUUACAGGAAAAAUGCUCCUAGAUUUUAUUGGAAGUUGAUAUAAUGAGAUUUUAGUCUAAAUCAUUUGGGAUCAUUUCACAUAAAGCGAGGGGAAGCUGGAGUUUUCAAGUCCUGUUAAAAAAAUAAAAAUAUAUGCGAGGUUUUGUUCUGGCAGGCACGAUGUGGACCGCUCUGCAGUCCCACAGUAAAAUAAAACUGUUUACUAAAGCAGUGAAGCAUUCAGACCUUACACCCUUACAUUAAUGAUGUUCUGAUGUAUUUAAACCCAAGGAAUGAAUAGAGAUAGAGAUAAGCUAAAUAUAUACACAGUCAUCAUUUAUACUGUACUUUCUACAGACCCCUAAAUUUACACUUGUGAAAAUAAUACAUUUUUUAUUUUGCUUUUAAAAAAGUGAAGGUGAAUCAUCAUUUUAUAAUUCAUAAAAUCAUAAUUUUAAUUAAAAAAAUCUACUUUAAAAAUGAAAAAAAAAAAUUACUGUCACACUUUUUAAUGUGGGUGGGGCCUUAUUUUGGCCACGCCUCUGCAUUUUAGAGCCCUCAUGGCCACAUGGUGAGCAGUUAGAUCCCAUUGCUUUGAAGUAAAGGUGGCCCAAAGUCUGAAAAUCAGUGUGGAACAUUAAAAGUAAUUAGGUAAAUUUUAGGUAAACAUUUUUCACAAUGAUUUCUGUGUGAACAGCUGUUCAAAGCUGUGUUUGCCGGUCAUGUACUGGCUGCGUUUUUGAGUUCAACGUGGCUAAAAUUGUCACUACCGAAACAUUUGGAAUUUGGUAAAGUUUGGUUAUGAUUGUUUUGCAAGUGACAACAUGGAUUGUUCAGUCAUUAAUUUUAUAAAAUGUACAUAAUUAGGCAAAAAGGGUCACUCAGAGCAAAAGGAUUUUAGUCUAAAGUCCAAGAUCAGUUAAAUAAACAGAUGUUUAGAUGUUGUGAAGCUUGUAACGGACAUCAACACAGAGCUUGUAUAUAUCAGUUUUACAGCGACUCUCUCAGUAAAGAGCUCUGCUGCCGCUGCUUUGCAUUCCUAACAACCAACCGAAACCUGCUUACGGCUAGUAAGAACUUCCAGAGUUCAUGCACCAAGUGUGAUGCUUAUUAAAUAAAAAUGAGCCAAACCUUACAGACGUUUCUCAGAAGAGAUUAGGCCUCUGGGAGUUCCCCACUUAAACUCGUCGCUAAAUUUGAGACGCUUCACUUGCUGAGGAGGGAUUUUUUUGCAGUGUAAGUUCGGCCGCCAACCUGCCACCAGUCAGAUCCAGCACUGGUCUGCGCUCGGAAAGCUUAAAGCGAGAGAAAGAGGGAGGGAAAACCAGAGGGCGAGAGAGAGGGAGAUGACCCCAAUGGAUGUUGCGAAAAUGGGACAACAGGGGGUGCUCGAUUGGACUCAGUUGGCGAGGAAAUAGCAAUCACCUGGUUGCUAUGGAAACAGGUUGGACAUGUUGCUCUGGAAUGAACCGACAAUGGCUGGACAGACCAACCGUGGCUGACCAUUAGACAAGAAAAGGACUGGUCUCCCAGUGACCGAAAAUGCAGUCCACGUGUUUAUCGUACAGGGUGUGACCUCUAGUCGUUUAAUGACUUCAGUCCGAUCUUUUAUUCCUCUGCGGGACUUUAAACGAACGUGUACAUGAAAAUGGAAAGUUUUAUUACAAAGAGCCGUUACUGAACUAAAGGAAUAGUUUGACGAAAAAACUGUCGAUUCUCACCCCCCCCCCCCCUUACAAACUUGGCUAAGGUUUAGUUAGUGAGCUACACACUAAAAAAACAUGGUUCUCCGAAGGUUCUUUAGUAAAGGCAAAGACUCUAGAACCAUUGACUCCAUGGAAAAUCACUGCAUGCUUAAAUGACCAUUUUACCAGUUGUGGGCUGGAGGUUAGGGAACCAGCCUUGUGACCAGGAGGUCACCAGUUCGAUCCCCAGAUCCAACAAUACAAGACUGAGGUGUUCUUGAGCAAGACACCUAACCCCCAACUCCUCCAAGUCCUUCAGGCUUGGAGAUGAAGUUAUGGCACUGGCGAAGUUGUUGGAGCCAAUUUGAGGUCAUACAUUUUACGUUUUAUUUGCUUUCCAGUUUUGUCCAGAGUAGCUGAUCUGCAUGUUGUGGAAGAACACGAGCACAUAUCUGUAGUGGUUGGUUAGUGUAGUGGUUAACACCUCUGCCUUCUACACUGUAGUCUGGGGUUCAAUCCUCCACCUGGGUAAACACCCUACACUACACCAAUAAGAGUCCUUGGGCAAGACUCCUAACACCACCUUGGCCUCCCUGUGUAAAAUGACCAAAUUGUAAGUCGCCCUGGAUAAGAGCAUGAUAAGAACAUGAAUGUGAGCAAACCUGAAUGUUGCUCUGUGAACUUCAGCGAAAUUUCGGAAUCGAUGCUUGAUGCCUGGAAUUGGAGAAUCGACUCUUUUUGGGACUGUAGGGAGUAGAUAUUCCCUAUUAACUUCUAGCUUAUAUUGAAAGUAGGGGGCAAAAACUGGACUUCGAUAUGAUGGCAACUGCGUCUACAUGUGCCAUACAGUGUCAGGAACCCCGUAAGGGCAAUAUAUUGGUCAUUUUUUUGGUCAAACUAUUCCUUUAAUAUAGGACGAAAUUCACAGCACAUUUACAGAUACCUGGUUUCUCUGUGGAAACGACCAAAUGGUGCCUUAUUUUCUUAUUUUUUAAAUGUAUAUACAGUUCACGGCCGUGUUUGUGAGUACAUAUUGUUGAGAAACUGUACCAUGAUGUUCAUGCCAAGACAAGGCCCUGCUGGGGGGUCUGCUGAUAUCUGUGAAAUAAUGAUGUAGCAUGAUGAAGGAGCUCGUGUUGCGAAGAUGAAACCAUAAAAACUUCUCCUCGGUGUACCACAUCCACACAGAAUCUAUGAAAAGCAGAGGCUUGAAGUAAGAAAGACUGAUCUGAGAGCGAAGUAAGGAUAUUUCAGUUGAUAUUUAGUCUAUUGAGUAAAUAGAUGUGAUAGAUGGCAAAAUUCAUCCCAUGAGGACAAUUUCAGGUUUUUACAAUUUCGAGACAUUUUCAGUUGCAAAAGUUUGAUGUUUGCAGUGUAAACUUAUGACAGCCUGAACCUCGUCUGCACUCAGGAUCAGAAUCAGUCUGCACUCGGUUUAGUACGUAAACAAUGAAAACGGUCUGCACUAAAUGAACCUAAUCCCGUUCAGCACCAUGUCAGUUGAAUAUUGAGGACUUUAAGCAUUGGUGGUUGUAGAGACGGUCACGGCGAUAAGAAAUUGUGGCAAUUACUUUUACUGAAGUACUAUAUAUGGCCAUAAAUGUAGUGGUGGACAAAAUACACAAACUAUGUACUUCAGUUAAAGUCGAGACCCCCAAGGUAAAAUAUUCCUCCAGUAAAAGUAGAAGUUCCUCUCUUUAGACCUUCACUGGAGUAAAAGUACUAAAGUAUUUCCCUUCAAAUGUACUUAAGUAUAAA